CUUCAGCCUCCAGAGAUGUGUCUGUAUGAUGCCAUCCUUCCCGCCUUAGCAGGUGUCCCUCGUUUCCGUCGUAGAGUAAGCUCUGCGCGUGUGGUUGCACGCAAGUUUCUUUGUGUGACGUCUCGCGGUGUGCCAACAAGUCGUUAAUCCGCAGAUUCUUACUCUCUCCCGACGCUUCUCGCUUGCUCAUUACCACGUGCCCUCGACGUGCCCUUGAUCGUCAACGGUGGCAGUCCGCGUAGUGCUAGAAGCCCCCGCACGCACCGCUCCUUUCACAAAUUCGAACGAUACGAAUCUCGCUGUUUCCCCACUCUUUAUUCCGCGCGCACAGCUCACACUCACACUUCGCUAAGCGCUCGACGUAGACGCUCAUGGGGUCGCCGAAGCAAGGCUCGGCGCGUCACGCGGGGCACCUGCACCACGCGCACUCCGCGCACCACCUGCCCGCCGCGGUGACCAACGCGCGCGCUGCUCUGUUCGCUGUGGGCCUGCUGGUGGUGACGCUCAUCUCCAUCCUCGGGUUCAACCUCUCCUCCAUGGACCCCAGGGAGCCGACGUCGCGAGCUGCUUGCGGAGGGAACCACGUAGGACCAGGCACGGAGAGUCCCUACCACGAUCUGAGGAACGAGGUGUACGAUAAGAUGGAGGCGGAGUUCUACGACAAGGGUGCAGAGUUCCUCUUCGGGUCCAGCACCACCUCGCAGUCACUCAAGCUCUCGGACAUCUUUGAGUUGCGGCAUGGCGAAGUGCACCCAGUGCUCAAGCCUGCUCGGCCGCCUGUGAGAGCCAACGUGCUUCGGAUGGACCCAGAGUUUGCUGCUUCCAUACAGGAGAUUGUGAAGGAUGAUAUCAUGCACCACUUCAGAGGAGGCGUGUGGCUGCAGGACCCUGACCUCUACCACAUGAGCAUCUUCCACGCCUCUCACCAUCUGUCGCCAGUACCCGCCACCACCAAACAGCUAUCCGACGAAUUCAGAGCGGUUAAGGGGGUGAGCAAGCGGCUGUGUCCGCUACGCAUAUCACUGGACCGCGUCAUUCUCACUGCCACAGGGGUGCUGCUGGCGUGCUGGCAGGUGCUGGAGGGCACGGAUCCAGCAGAGCUGAGGGACGAGCUCAAAGACGCUCUGCCUCGAGCUCCAAAGCAACAACUGUACAACCGAGUCAUGCUGCACACGUCGCUGGCGAGGAUCCUCGCCCCUCCCACUUGGCCUGAUGGGACCCUAGCCCACAAUGCGGAGUCAGCGAUGCCCAUCUUUCGGUCCAUAGUGAGCGAGCUCAACCAGAAGCUGUGCAGGAAACAGACGGUGGUACGGGAGCUGUGGAACGUGGAGGAGAUGGAUGUGUUGGCUCUGGCUCUGCAAGGCAAGAUGAGCAUCAAGAGAUUCAACCUCACUUGCAUUCAACCAGACUGGGUUGGCACAAUAUAGGCCCGCUUGAGCUGCCAUGUGGCUAGACAUUUGCUCCGGGGAGUGAACCCUCCAGACAGCUUCGGUUUGGUGCCAUGCUACUUCUGUACAAACUGCCCAAUGUACCAAAACUGAGUCACGAGUGGCACAAGUUCAAAGACUACUUGGAAUAGAAAGCUGGGGGUCUGGGUUGGGGAGACGGGGCAAUGGGCCGUCACACGACCAGCUCACAUUUUGUAGGCCAAUGAAAAGAGUGUUGGAAA